UGCCUGGUCGAUAUCGUCGCUUAGCAACUUUUCAACAAUCUGUCCAGGAACACCCACAAAACCAGUGUUUGAUAAGACGUCGACAAUGGAAGACAUCAAAACCAAAAGCAUUCACCACACUGCCAUAAAAAUCUGUGAAGACUUCAAAUCGUCUCCCUCUUAUCAGGCCCUCUUCCAGGAUCUACAGAAAUUAGUGUCCACCCCCAGUGUAAAAUAUGACGAUUUCAAGGAAAGUCUACUCAAGGCCAUGAAAGAUAACGGCCUGGACGCCGGUUUGCGAAACAAUGUGUAUCAUUGGAUGAAAACAAAGAAGAAAGAAGUGUCUUCGCCUUACGACGCGUUUUUCCGAAAAGCACAAAUUCACUGGGACAAAAGAAUCCACAAAUCACUGAACUCGAUGUGUGCCGAACUUGGGAUCAACCUUGCGAAGGCGCGAACUGUGGCAGAAAGGGAGGAAAUUGCGAGUAAAUGGGGCGAACUUAGCAAUUAUGAGGUCGACAUUCAUAAAUACAGACCGGUGUAUGCGCCGAAAGACUUUCUGGAAGUUUUGCUAAACCUCAAAGGACCAACAACGAGGACUAAAGGUUGUCCGAAAUGGGAAUUUGCGCAAAUGCCUCUCAAAGUCAAGAAUUUAACGGACUUGAGAUGUCUCUACUUGGAGCUUUCAAGAGGCGAGCAAAUCUUGGGCAUCAACUGCUCAAUGAUGUCUCCACACUACAGUACGUUAGAAAGCGAACGCAUAACACUUGGUGAAAAAGUCUUAGCUAAGAAUUACGCCCCCAUGGCGCAAGAAUUCCUGAAAAAGGGCUGCCCCCAGUGCUUGAGGGCCAAAAUCUGGACUUUAGUUUUAGGAGCCGAUGUUAAACCUUACCAUUAUUCAUACUUCGAGUCGCUGAAAGAAAGCGUCCUCCAGUACGACUUAAUGAUCGAUAAACUGAUCAUCAAAGACAUCAACCUGACGGCAUCAAACGACGAUCAAUAUUUCGUGUUUGAGGACGUUUUGUACCAGGUGAUGUUGUGUUUUUCGCGCGAUGGAGAAAUCCUGAAAGACCUCUCCACUCAACCCGGAUUCAUGCAAGUCGUGAUCAAAGGCAAACAGAACGGUGCUGAAAACACGAUUAUUUUCCCACCAAGUGGCGUAAUCCCAUUUCACGGCUUCACAAUGUACGCUGCCCCUUUUUGUUACUUGUAUGACGACCCGAUCCAACUGUAUUUCGUGUUUCGCACUUUUUACAUUCGUUACUUCCACCGUUUGCAUCGCGUGUGUGGAAAUCCGCAAGGAGUGGUUGCGUUGUGUCUUCAGUAUGAGAAAAUGUUGCAGUGUUUUGAGCCCAGUCUUUGGCACCACUUUCGCAAAUGUCAAAUUCAUCCCGUUCGAGUGGUAAUUAAGUGGAUAAUGCGCGCGUUCAGUGGACAUCUACCACCUGAACAGUUGUUGAAUUUAUGGGAUUUGAUUCUGGCGUAUGAUUCGCUCGAGAUUAUUCCGCUGUUGGCGCUUGUGAUUCUAGUUUUUCGGAAAGAGAAUUUGUUGAAAGUGAAUACGUUGCAAAAUAUUGAAGCUGUUUUGGCGGAUUUGUCGUCGAUUUCUGUUAUUCCGUUGCUGCAAAUGGCGCUUUUGAAAGAGUGAGUUGUUGGAAAUGGUCCAUCACUGCCAUUUUGUAAUUUUGUAUUGUUAUAUUGUAUUGGUCUAAUAAAGUUGAUAGAUAAAAUUAAAA